AUGAUGAGCACGUCAACAUCUGUCAUUGGCACGGUCAGCACAUCGAGUGCAUUUCCUAUCCGUCGUCCCCAGCCACGAAUGGACAUCCUGCUAGACAGAGAUCUCACUGGCAACGUACUAUGGGAAGAAGACCACUCUGUUCCUUCCAUUAUGGAUGUCCUUAUCCCGAUAUCAAGUCUCAGCAUGUCACACAUUCAAAAAAUAGCAUACUCGAACGGACAGCCUAUAUUUACUAGUCGCCCUAGUAAUAAGUGGGUUCUUGAGAAUGAUGAAAAGAAGCAGACAAAAAGGAAGAAGAAGGUGGCUCGCAAUGACGUGGAUGAACUUACGGAGUCUUCAACAAUGUCGAUCAUGCCUGACAACGGCGAAGAAACCUGGAGCGCUCGAGCAUAUCGCCCUAACAAGGAGGCGAAGAAAGCCCCGCCCCGUAAACGCUCGACAGAGCAACAAUGGGCGGGUCUUUUCAAUACCGUCUAUAUAUCCAUGCACUCAUUAUACAAGGCCACGUUCAGCACAAUCCCUCAGUGCUCUAGUGACUUUCCUUUCUUGCCCGAGGCUGGCAACAGACGUCCGCAUCGAUGGUGGUCAGCAGAGUUUUCCACUUCUGCGAUUCCGGACGAGACCAAUGCCCAGAAGCCUGACAUAGUCCUUAUUAAUCACAAGGUUCAAGCGAAAAGUUGGGCACACGUCCUCACAUGCAUUGAGCUCACCGUCAGUGAUCUUGGCACUACACGCGACCUAGCAUUGUUCAAGGGGGCGGUCACCAAAGGGUACCUCAUGAUACGAGAACAACCUUGGCGUCGCUUCAUUGUCCUUUUCAGUAUCGCAGUGUGGCAACUUCGCGCCCAUUAUAUAGACCGCUCAGGUCUCAUCAUCACCCGUCCCAUAUCAAUCAUCGAUCAACCGGUGCGUCUCGUCAAUACGUUAAACACCUUGUCGCUCGUGAACUGCCAAGCCCAUGGCAUGGAUCCUACCAUUCACUUGUGUGACGAUAUUUGCAAGGGUCAACACAGUGACCUAGCGAACAGAGCGAUAGGUUGGGUAGAGGACAAGCGGAAGGACAUAUUAUUGAUCAUGGCUAUUCUGUGGAGAAGCCAGGGUCUGUUCUCUCGUGGCACUAUCUGCUAUCGCAUUCAAAAUGGCAAGGGGGACGAGUAUGCAUUAAAGGACUGUUGGGUUGACGAAGAUAAGAAAAAUCACGAGGAAGACGUUCUUAAUCACGUCCAGGGCAUUCCAAAUGUAGUCACUCUCAUAGAAGCUUGGGACGUCGAAUACCAGAAUGAGCCUGACUCUACAUUAUGCAUUCGUGAUCAUCAUGGGGCAUCUAGAAGUAUUGCUUUCCGUUCACACGAGACAAUGCUCACCGUACAUGUCCUACACAGAGACCUCAGCCCCAACAACUUCAUUAUUCACAAAGGAAGCGGUUACUUCAUUGAUUUCGACCACGCCCAAAUCAUAUUGCCAGGCAAUACUAGUGUUCGUUCACGGGGUACUGGUACCCUGCCUUACAUGUCUAUCCGCCUACUUACUGCAUGUGCAGAAAAGGAGAAGACCCAAGGAACUGUGACGAUCGAACAUUGCCCCAGCGAUGAUAUCAAGUCACUCUUUUACAUUUUUGUCGAAUUCAUUUCCACGUAUGAUGGACCGCAGGGCUACAUAUCGAACUCAAAGGUGGAACGAUGGGCUGAGACCCUUGAGGAUAUGGGCCACAGGGCUGGUCCAUAUAAGUCAGGUUUGGUACUCAUCACACGCCAUGACAAACAGUUGAUGAACAGAACAACACAAUACUUCGGCGGCAUCAGGGAUCUCGUUCAGGAGUGGCACCUCAAAUUUUUUUACACAGCAGAAGAGCAGACCACCAUUACUCACUUGGAGAUCCUGGAGCUCAUAAAGAAGUGGAUCUCUCAUGAAGCCGUUGAUGAGCCCCUUCCUCCAACCCAAGAAGCUGAUCUUUCGAGCACAACCCACCCUCGUCGUUCGACCCGGAAGGUCAUCCCGGUAAAGAGAGCAUAA